AGUAGUCACGUUCUGAUUGACGGACGGCACUUCUCCGACAUUAUGGACGUUAGGACCUAUCGUGGCGCCAACAUCGACUCCGAUCACUAUCUGGUGAUGGUCAAACUGCGCCCAAAACCAGGCUUGGCAUUGGUCAUGAGAUUCACAAGUGUGCUUAGUUUUCGGUGCUACGAUGCCUCGUAAUCAAACAUGACGUUAGCAACCAUGUGUCGCAUCACUAAGGCAAGCACUCGUGACCUAGAAACCACAGGUAACAAUGAAUGAGUUUUGCAUUACCUGACCGUCAGUCGUUCGAACCGUCAACGUUUUGACCUUCAUUCGUUGCCGUCUUCCCAAUUAAUAAAAUAGUGAAUAUGUCUCAAGACAUGGACGGCACUACAAGCAAUUCCCAAAGGCCGGGGAAGCGUACGUAUGCGUCCAUCGCAUGGAGUUUUAUUCAAAAUGUAGAUGGUAGGUACUGCUGCAAAAUCGACGAGUACGGUACCUGCAAAUACUCACAGGCCACAUACGAUGCUGGAAAUUUUAUCCGCCACUUCCGGACUGUGCACCCUGUGGCUUCCAGUGCUAAUGGCUUAUCUAAGGAAGCGGAGCCGGUGAACAAGAAACGAGUAAUUGCGAGGGUUCCAGUAGCCAUCGAUACUCAGCGGUACGUAGAAGGUUGUAUGGCACUUACAACAGAGCAUCAUCUUCCCUUGCGGUGCUUCGAAUGGGAGGGCCUGAAAAUGUUGCUGGAUCCGAUCGAGGAGGCUCUCGGAGUGCGCAUAAACAGGAAGAAUAUCAAAACUCUGUUGGCCACCGGAUCCGCUGGACUGGAGAAAACCAUCAAGAGGGAAAUGGCGGGAACCCUGUUCUGCUUACGCAUCGACUCGGCCUCGCGUCACGGGCGCCAUAUCCUUGGCGUUGAUGCACAAUUCUUCCUGGGAAAUGAAGCAGUCACUCGCACUCUAGGUAAAACAUUUUCUUUUCAAAUACUCUUAUUAAUAAUAUAUGGGUUUAUGUGGAUAAGGAUACGAAUCAUUCAGAAUUUCUACCUGCGAAUAAUGUAUUUGUUAAAAAUUAAGCCACGCUCGUAUAGUUGACGGUCAGUUUUGCAGAUUAUGUGGUUCAUUCAUCGUAAAACUUCUUACAUAAAGCCAGAUGUCAGUUGAGCAUUCCUUUCUUCAUCAGGAAUCUGAUAAUUUUUUUUCCGUGAUGUUCAAGAAAUAUGACACUCACUGUUAACAAUCAAUCAAUUUGUAUCUUUCUGAAAAAUGUAAAAAGUUUUACACUUCUUCCCGUAAGUUCCUAAACACCCUAUUUUUAAACACAUAUUUUUGAAAAAUUCACACAUUUUGUUACCAUCGGCUUUUUUUUACUUUUUUCAACUUUAUGACAUAACUCCCAGAGUAGUGAAUGUUUUCGGUCUGAUUGUUAUCAUGCAUGCUCACUCCUAACAAAAAAUAUAAAAGUAAAAACAAAACAAGUAUCGCUUAUUAGCUUUUUCGGAAAUGGGAGCAUUUUGCUUAAGAUCGGUUCCGUUCCCAUAUAUUUUUAAAUUGUAAGCUUAUCCACUUAUUCAUAUUUAUGAAAUGGAUGUUGUUCUGGUAAACCGGGUCUUUAAUCAUAAUAUAUUUUUUAGGAAUGAUUGAAGUGAAAUCAAGUCAAACAGCAAAAUUUUUAAAAUCAAAGGUGCUCGAGGUGCUCAAACGAUAUGAUCUUUCAUUGGACCAGGUGUUAUCUAUAACUUCGGAUAACGGUGCAAAUAUGAUUGCGGCCGGUAAACUGUUGCAGCGGUUGUACACCCAGACAGCAUUGAGCGAUAUGUUUACAGAUGAUGAACUAACUGAUGAUUUUGGAGGAAAAGAAGGGGAGCUUCUAGAAGCCAUGGCGACUGACCUAAGCAAGCAAUUCAAUAUUGUGAGAUGCUCGGUACACACGCUCCAACUAGCUUUGAAUGAUGUGGUAUCAAAUACGGACUGCAAUAUUAAAAAAAUAACAGAUUUUUCGAAGCAAAUGAAGAAAAUAAAAUACAAAUACUUUUUCGACGCGAAUGAGGCAUCAUAUCCCCCCCUCUGGUGUCCAACAAGGUGGAGCGGAAAAUAUAAGUUGAUAAACAGCUUUAUCAAACAAGAGGUGGUUUUCAAAAAGAUGGGCGAAGAAUUUCCAGAGCUAGGUAAUUUAUUUUUCAUUACAACUAUACCGAUAACUUAUACAUCACUUCACUCUACUAUUCUAGCACUGAGUGAAGAAGACUGGCAGUUCUGUCACGAUUUUGAAUCUGCGUUCAAACCCCUCCACGUUAUGACAAAGAAAUUGCAGAGCAAUAAUCAAGUUUUCCCUGACUUUUACAUGGAAUGGAUUCUAGCGAUCCGCGACCUCCGAAUUAUGCAGAAUAAUCCGUUCUUCAACCCACUGAUCGAGGCACUUAAUGUAAGGUUGGCAAGUCUGAAGAACAACAUGCUGUUCAAAGUAUCCUUGUUCGUUGACCCUAGAUUUACGUACUUGAACUCCACGUUUUUUACCCCGGACGAGAAAGAAGAAAUUCAGGUAUAAUUAUAGUGAAUCAAAACAUCGAAUUUAUGAUUUUUAGAUUAACAUGUUUUAGAACUACGUUGUAAGCCUAUGGGAAAGAAUUGAAGCCCUGAGAACGAAAGAAAAAACUACCGAUACCAGGCAAACACAAGAUUCCAACUCUACCAAUGACAUCGAUAGUUAUUUGGCUGAGAUGUUCGGUGGGUCCAGCUCAAAAGAUGACACGCUUCAAGAUCCCAAAACUAAAAUAAUGCAGCAACUCAAGAUGCUAGAAAUUGAACCACGAAAGCCUCAUGAUUAUGAUGUUUGGAGCCAUUGGUUGCUGAAAAGGACCACACAACCUGAAUUAGCCAUAGUGGCCUUGGUUAUUCUGGCAACACCGUCAAACCAGGUGUCUGUGGAACGUGCGUUUAGUGCACUUGCUUUGGUGUUAUCAGACGCAAGAACAGAGCUCGCCGAUGAUACUCUUGAAGAGAUAUUACUUAUCAAGUUGAAUGCCGAUCUUUUUAAAAAAAUCUUUCCAUCGCUUUAUGACUGGA